GUCCUGCGUUGCGAAGAGGCCAGCCUAGCGGUUGCAGUGCUGAGACUAAUUUCGACCCUUUGGAAUUUCGCCAGAGAUACGGAGAAAAGACAAUAACCUGGUUGAUUGGACGCUGUAUUGUCUACGCUACUACCUUCUCAUCACCAUUCCCCGUAACUCGACGCGCUCAUGUUAGAUCCCUUUCCGGGUCCGCCUGGAUGGCUGAGGGAUGCGGUUGAGCCCUGGGCUCUCUCUUUGAACGUACCCACCCUCCCGGACCAUAUCCACGAGGCACUGAUUGCCUUUGUAUCUUACCAAUUCAUCCACUUCUACCUCUCCCCUUGGCUCUCCUCGCGACUUCUCCCCCGGUUUUACCCCAAAUUCAACCGCCGCACCAAGCUCAACUGGGAUACGCAUGUGGUCUCCUUUGUACAGAGCACGUUGAUAAACGCUGUGUCACUAUGGUUUAUCCUGUUUGACAAGGAACGCAAGUCCAUGAACGCCGGAGAGCGGGUGUACGGGUAUACGGGUGCUGGGGGGCUCAUCCAAGCACUUGCGGCGGGAUAUUUUCUCUAUGACCUGAUUAUCUGCACGGUUUAUAUUAAGAUAUUCGGAGUCGGGAUGCUGUUCCAUGCCAUCAGUGCAUUGUGGGUGUUCAGUUUUGGAUUCAGACCGUUCCUCACUUUCUACGGCCCGAAUUUCCUUCUCUACGAACUCUCCAGCCCCUUCCUCAAUAUCCACUGGUUCCUGGAUAAGGUCGAUAUGACCGGCAGCACUGCCCAGUGGUAUAAUGGUAUGGCAUUGCUGUUCGUCUUUUUCUCCUGCCGUCUCGUCUGGGGGACUUGGCAGUCCGUCCUCGUGUACCGGGACAUGUUUGGUGCCUUGCGACAGACCUGGGACGCUUCCUCAUUGCUGGAACCAGUCGACAUCAGUGCUCAGGUCUUCCGCGACCGGUCCAGUGUCCUGUGUUUCGACAAGGGAUGCGCCGAGGCUAAUGCCGAAAUAUCCAAAUUCGGCCGAUACACGGCCGGCGGUGUUCCUACCUGGCUCGUUGUAACCUACGUGGCUUCCAACCUUGUCCUCAACUCACUCAAUUACUACUGGUUCUCGAAGAUGAUCGAUGCCGUACUGAAACGGUUCCGGACGCGCGCAUCCGAAAUCAAGGAACAGCCCGCCGAGGAACUCCGGGAUGCAGUCCUGGAGACUGCUUCCCGGCUGGAGAAGGAGGAAGAUGCCUGCCUUACUGGGCCUGGAAAUGAGAACGGGAACGAGAAGAAGGCGGACGGGAAAGGCUCCGUAGAUACGAAAUCUUCUACCGGUUUAGACACAGGUUUUACCGGGAAGCAACUCCGGAACAGGAGAAUUGAGGUGCCUACCUCAUGAUCUUAGGAAUCGCUGUUGGUCUAGAUGGAGAAGCAAAUAAGUGGAGAUUACCUAGGUGCAGCGUAAUACAAUAGGGACCUUUUUUUCUUUUUGGCGAUGACUGACGUUCCUCGCCC